GAGAGAGAGAGAGAGAGAGAGAGAGAUAGAAGUGAGUGGAAUUGGGGCAAAAAUGGCGUUUACACUACGGAGCGUGAAGGUGCCGCCGAACUCGGCGAGUCUGGAGGAAGCUCGUCACAGAGUUUUCAACUUUUUCAGGACGGCCUGCAGAUCCAUUCCUUCCAUCAUCGGAAUCUACAACCUCGACGAUGUCGUCACCGUGUCCCAGCUCCGCUCCACCAUCGCCUCCGAGAUCCGCAAGAACUCCUAUCUCACCAACCCCAAGGUGAUUGAUAUGCUACUCUUCAAGGGAACAGAAGAGUUGAAUAACAUCUUGGAACACGCAAAGCAGCGACAUCACCUCAUCGGACAAUAUGUGGUGGGUAAUCAUGGGCUUGUUCAGGAUUUGGGCACCAAGGAUCAGGGCAUUUCUAGUUUCCUCAAAGAUUUUUACAAGAGCAAUUACUUUUGAACAAACUUACUUUCUGUGGUUGUGCUCCAUUGGAAAUUUUCUUAUGGGAGUGGAAUUCCUAAAUAAAGAUGUACUUGAAAUUGGUUUUGUAUCAUUCUGUUGGAUAUAGAUCUUUCCAUCGUUUUCUCCUGGUUUCUUCGUUUAAAACCAUGUUUUUUAUAUUACAUGAAGCUCCUUUGUUUCUAAACAA